UACCUCAACAACGCCAGUUACGUUAGGCGACACACAACGCAAGCCCGUUAUUAAGAAGAGCAUUUCGCGUUUCCCUGCAGAUGGCUGUCGACUGCUGGUCGAUGUGUGUGUCAGUGGUGCUGGCCGCCGCUACGCUCUUCGUCUUAUGGUGGCGCCGCUACGUCGGCAGCUUCUCUCGCCGCGGAAUUCCGUACGCCACGCCUCUGCCUGUGGUGGGCAACAUGCUGGCGGUGCUGCUCAACAGGAAGUCCGUGCCCGACGUCCUCAUCGGGCUGUACCACAAGAUGGCGCCGCACCCCUACGCAGGCGCCUUCUCGUUCAUGAUCCCUCUCGUGAUGGUCAGGGAUCCCGACCUGAUACGCACCAUCACCGUCAAGGACUUUGACCACUUUACCGACCACAUGGACUUCAUCAACGCAGACAGAAGCAAUCUCCUGUCACAGCGGAUGCUUCUUGCAUUGAAAGGAAAGGAAUGGCAUGAUAUGCGAACUACGCUCAGCCCUGCUUUUACUACGAUGAAAAUGAAGAAUAUGUUCAUGCUGAUAACAGAGAUUGGACAGCAGAUCAUUGCUUAUUUAGAUGGUCAAACUGCCGAUUACGGAGCUUCUAGGAAUACCGCUUCUCGACCGGAGUGCAACAGAGUUCUUCAGAUCCAUGGUUAUCGAAACCAUCGAGACUCGUGAAAAGCAAGGCAUCGUUCGUCCCGACGUCAUCCAUUUGCUCAUGCAGGCGCGUCGUGGCGAACUGAACUCAGAAGACGCGGACAAGGAGGGAAGCACUGAACCCAGAGGAAAACGUCUGAGCAACGACGAUAUCG